AUGAUUCGUCAAGUAGCCCAACUCAUUGGCAACGAAACUAAGUACGGUGGAGUUUUAUCGAGUGUCCGUCUUAUUGGCUUGGAGGAAGGCCCUUCAGGCUUAUUCAGUGGGUUGGUGCCGCAGAUGUGUGGCGAAAUCAUCGUUGUGUUCGGUACUGCUGCUCUUUUGUUUGCCGCUGAACGAGCCAUUGUGAUGUCGGGAAUGUAUGAGAGGAAGAGCGAAACGAGCGCCAAGGAAAUUGAGGAUCUGCGCAAGUUCUCGAACUUCGCCAUUCCGUUCGUGGUGAAUUCCUUCGGAUAUCCGUACCAAGUAGUCAGUACUGUGAUGGCCGUUGUCGGAUCAGGACUUGCUGUCUCUGUUCUGCCCUACGCUCCGUCAUUUGUGGACUGGCAUUCAGCCUGGGAUUACCUUACACCUUAUGGCCUGAAGCGAGGAUCUCGCUUGUUCCUUCGCGAACAAAAUGGAGCUGUGUCUGUUGGACCAGACCAGCAGCUUUACGCGAGCAACAAACAUUUUGUUACCUCGCAAUUUUCCUUUUAG